GUAUAGCUGUGCUGGGAGGUGGUGGCAUUUGUGAGGCCAGCCCUGAGGAUUCUUAAAAGGGACUGCCUUCACUGAUCUUGCAACGGUAGCGCCGGAGGAACACAGCCUGAAAAGAGCAAAAGCAAAGGGGACUUUUUUCUCCUGGAUAUCCAGUUUGUCCGACAAAGCCAUGACUUUUCGUUUGAUGUGCGUGGCCAUCCUGAUCAUAGCAGCUCACCUGUUGCCAACUGAUGCUGCUGUCCGUGUGUGGGGCUUGCGAGCCUUUAACUUGGACGGCGAUCCUAUCGGCCCCCCUGACCCCUACGUCAAAGUCUCGUGCGGCUCCACUUUCAGCGGCAUGACCGACUUCCGCCAGGACAAUGCCAACCCUACAUGGAGUGAUGAAUUCAACUUCCCCAAGUGCAAAGCUAAAGACAUCCUGAAACUGGAGGUGUGGGACAAGGACCUCAUCUAUGACGACCAGCUGGGCACCUGCACCUUGAAGGUGCAAUCUGGCACUCAACUAAAACUUGACUGCAUUGUGGGCAGAGGCAGUCUGAGUUUCAGCUAUUUGCUCAAAUAAAUGUCUGAGGUCUCUCAGCUGCUAAGAGCUUCUAACAGCAAUUAGAAUGCCUUAUCUCAUGCUUCUU